AUGGCUAACAACGUUACGGUUCUCAUGUUUUGGUCUUUGACGUUCGCUUGGUUUGCAGUCUCUUCGUCCAUGAACUUGCCAUUUCAACCGAAUUGGGGCACACUGAGUCAAAUUUCAAAUGGCCACAGUCAGCUUGUAAAGGAUGUGAUUGGCAAUGAGGAAGAGAUCAUGAUGGAGUCAGAAAGUGCUCGACGAAUCCUUGCUGGAAGGGGAUACAUUAGCUAUGGUGCAAUGCAUAGGAACAAUGUUCCGUGCAACCAACGUGGCCAAUCUUACUAUGAUUGCAAUAGCAGAGGUGAAGCUAACCCAUAUAAUCGAGGUUGCAACGUUAUCACCAGGUGUGGAGGUCGAUGA